AUGGCUGCACCUAACAUCUCUGUGCUAGUACCACAUCUCUGUGUCUUCAGCCACCACACCCAUGCCAACUUUGUCUGCCAAUCCCGCGCCAAUACAUCGACCACGCGGGACUGCGCUCCGACUCCUGCCGCUCCUGCAUUGAGGCGCUGUCUCCUCCAGCCCCUCCUCCACCAGCGAGCCGUCGCAUCCGUAUCCCCCUCAGACCGAGGAAGACUUAUCAACGAAGGACCGAUCGCCCACCCAACAACUCCACUCCGAGUUCCAGUGUGCAGCCUACUGACAACCGCCCGUCAAGCUCCACUAGCAAACGCACCAGAAGGACUAAACGCUCCAGUGGCCGGGCCAUUGUGUACCCCGCACCGCCAUCACCUGGACCUGCCCUCGCGCCAGCCCCCGGCAGUCCUAUCUUUACAGGUGUCACCACUCCGCCGUCGUCCAUCUCCUGCCAUUCCAGUCCGCCAGUCUACACCCCCCACGGCUCCUCCACCACCGUCUCCGCCUCCAGCGGUCCAACUACCAUCCUCCGGACCAGAUACCGUGUCGCCCCCGGCCUGGAACACUCGCGCUGAUGUCACGACUUGUACUCCCCCGACUACGGCCCCUGUGGCGCCUCCUCGCACCCCCGACCAGAUGGACUCUCAGCCCACACCUAGUUGGGUCACCGCCUGGUGCGACAGAUUCAGCAUCGCGCUCGACGAGGACAUGUUAGACAAAAUGGUGGACGACCUGGUCACACUCGCCCAUAACAUCUGUAACGUGUCGCCCUACCGCCCCUCUCUGAACGGCGACCGCCCCUCAUGGGACAUCACCAACGACACAAGGCUAAUCCAACGCCUGUACCGGAGAAACAGGACUAAAGCCGUCUCUAUCAUUACUGAUGGACAGCCUACCUACUGUCGCAUAGACAGAAGUUUGGUGCAACAACACUUCACCACCAUCUAUGCUAACUCCCCACACUCAUGUGGGUCCUAUCCUUCCUUUCUCCCUACAGCCCACAAGCCAGCCGACGACAACCCGCUAGUGGCCGCAUUUUCUCCUGCCGAAGUCAGCACAAGGCUCCAACGAAGCCACAACACGGCGCCCGGACCGGAUGGCCUCAGGUACCAUCACUGGCUCAGGACCGAUCCAAAGGGUAUCAUCUUGUGUAGCGCUUUCAACGCCGCUCUUCGACUCCUACACAUCCCCUCCAACUGGAGGCACUCUAACACAAUUCUUAUUCACAAGCGUGGCGACCAACAUCAAAUCGACAAUUGGAGACCAAUUGCGCUCUCCAACACCUUCGGCAAAACCUUCUCGGCGUGCCUUGCCAGCAGAUUCCUGUCGUGGUGUACCACCAACAACAUCUUCUCUGGCGCCCAAAAAGGCUUCCUUCGCCAUGAGGGGUGCCUCGAUCACAGUUUUCUUUUACAGACUAUUAUCCAAGAUGCAAGAAGAACGCGAAGCAAUUGCCACAUUGCUUGGCUCGAUUUGGCCAACGCAUUUGGUUCCGUUCCGCAUGACACCAUCCUUGCCUGCCUCCACUGGUGCGGACUUCACCCCGACAGCGUAAACGUCAUUCGUGAACUGCUAAGAGACAACUUUACCAGCAUCCGCGCCCACGACAGCUUGACGGAGAGCAUCCCCAUAAAUUCUGGAGUUUGUCAGGGCUGUCCCCUCAGCCCCCUCCUGUUCAACGUGGUGGUUGAAACAGCGAUCAGAAGCGUCACCGAAUUACAUCACGGCUACAAACUCCAUGGUGAAGAAAUCAACAUCUUAGCAUACGCAGACGACCUUGUACUGAUCAGCUCAACACCAGACGGGCUGCAACAACAGCUAGACCGGCUUACAGAUUGGGCCAAAUGGGCAGGACUCAACUUCAAACCAGGUAAGUGUGCCACAUUAUCUGUCCUAGGUGAAAGGCACACCACCAGUGAUGACACCUUCACGCUCGACGGGCAACAACUUCCCAACCUCCAACGGGACGAAUCCUACACUUACCUGGGCAUCCCCACCGGCUUUUCUAACAAACACACCAAUGACAGUGUGAUCUCCAACCUGAUUGAAGACAUCUCUAAGCUGGACCGCGCCAAACUUGCCCCCUGGCAAAAGUUUGAUGCGCUGAACACCAUCCUGUUGCCCAAAUUGACUUUUCAUCUACUUUUAGGCACCAACCCAAAAAAGAGACUUCACGACCUCGACCGCCACAUAAAAAAGUGUGCUAAACGAUGGCUUAACCUGCCGCAGCGGGCAAGUCCUGAGCUCAUCCACCUGCCCUACGACCGAGGCGGCACCAACAUCACGCCCUGUAGCAGUCUUGCGGACAUCUGUCAACUUACACACGCUGCCCACCUCUUCGACUCCAGGGACCCGACGGUCACCACCAUUGCUCUAGGUACACUACGAAACGUAGUAAGACAUCGCAUCCGUAGAGUGCCAACGGACGAAGACAUCAGAGCAUUCCUCGAUGGAUCCAUGGAAGGAGACAUAGGCCUACCAUCAAAAGAUAUCACCUCUUCUUGGGCCAGACUGCGUGCCGCCACAAGACGCUUGCGCAAAACCAUUGACAUCUCGUGGCACUACACGGGCACUUCGUUCGUCCUGACCACUGGUGGAAACAUCAUCCCACGUCACGCCUGUACCAAAGUUCUAAUGGCCAUGGUGAAAUCUGCCACCCUCCACCAGCUACUGCAGAAACCGGAUCAGGGUAAGUCAUUCCAUCUCAUUGCAGGUCACCCCACCAGCAACCACUUCCUUAGAGACGGGCUGUACACUUCAUUUGCGGACUGGCGAUUUGUACAUCGAGCCCGUCUCAGUGUGGUCCCGCUCAACGGCCUACGGCGCUUUGGCAACAUGUCAAAGAAAUGUCGCCAGUGCAGUCACUCCAAUGAGACACUUGCGCACGUCCUAAAUCACUGUGGCCCUAACCUACGGCUAGCCACACAACGCCACAACUCUGUCCUCAACCGCUUAUUCCACGCCAUCAACAACCAGGACUUAAAAAUCUACUGUAAUCAGAAUAUCCCAGGGUUCGACGACCGCUGCCGUCCCGACCUAGUCACCAUCUGCGAGAGGACUAAGACUGCCACAAUCAUCGAUGUGGCCGUCCCCUUCGAAAACGGACAGAACGCGUUCAACGUAGCCAGGGACAUGAAAAUAAGCAAGUAUUCUGCCCUUACUCAACAUCUACGUCAACAGGGUUACGAUACUUAUUGCGAUGCUUUCAUCAUGGGCUCCCUUGGUGGAUUCGACCCGGCCAACAUCUCUGUCAUUCAGCGUCUCGGCAUAAGCCUGCUUCGUCUAGCCGUCUGGUUUGUGUUGGGUUUGGUGGACACCCUGGUCUGCCUUUGGUUUGUUUGGGGAGACCCGCUAAAGAGCAGACCAGUCGUCCCCCAGCCCUCCCAAUUGACCACACCGACUGGUGUCAGAGUCGCACUUUUACAAGUGGGUAGCUCAGGUCUGUUAGACCUGACUCAGCCUGUGUACUCACCAGCUCAUUGCUGGCUUUCCACUGACCAAGCUUUGCUUGGCUAG